AUGUCUGAACUCCAAGAUAAUGUAGAAAAUUCACAAGAAAGGGAUAUACUCCAAAACGCAGGUGAUGUCUUCCAGUCACAAACACAUUUUGCGAAAACCCAAGAUAUCAUCCCAAAAGAUGACACCGUUGAUAAAGCAGAAGCAAUUUAUAAAUCUUUAUUUGAGAAAGAAAACCCAGCUAUUCCAAUUUCAGAGAUUCCGUGCCAAGGGUGUGGUGCAUUAUUGCAUUGCAAAGAUCCCCAUUUACCAGGUUUUAUCUCGAGUGAAGUUUUCGAACAAAAGAGUAAAGGAAGGAAGUUGACUUUUACCCAAUGUGCAAGGUGCCAGCUUAUCAAAGAGUACAAUAUUCUCCAUGACGUAGGGGUACCAGCAGAGCAAUAUGCAAAGAUAAUCAAUGAAUUAAGGGAUAAGCAUGGUUUGAUUGUGCUUGUAAUUGACCUAACUGAUAUCAAAAAUAGUAUUUUCAAAGGACUUGAAAUGGUAGCCACAAAACGACGUCCUUUGUAUAUUAUAGGCACCAAGCUUGACUUACUUAUUAAUGAUGACUUACAUAAACAGUUUGGAGCUUAUUAUCUAAACAGAAUCAAUGAUGCAAUCGUAUCAACCAUCAAAGACUACAAGUUCUCCCAGAAGUUCAAUAUUAAAUACAUUGGCCUUGUUAGUGGAAAAACAGGUUUUGGUAUAGAGGAGCUUAUCAACCAGAUACUCAACAAAUGGCAGAGAAAAGGUGAUAUUUACCUGGCUGGGAGCACAAACUCUGGUAAAUCUACUCUGUUCAAUGCCUUAUUGAGGUCGGAUCUCUGUGCAGUUCUUGCAAAACAAUUUACCAAUGAGGCCACAACAUCUAUGUUUCCAGGUACAACGUUGAACAUGGUCAAGUUUCCAUUAGUUAAUCUCACACCUAAAAUGCUGGCGGAGCGUACAAAGCGUCUCAUACAAGAUAGAAAAUAUCGUGAAAAGGGUCAUAUAGGGGAGACAUUUGUGCCGAAGGACAGGGUUGAAAUGGAGAGUGAUCUUGUUAGUUAUGAAUUCAAUGAAGAUGUUGGAAGCUAUAAGGAGGGUGCAUAUGACAAAGAAAGUGUAAGAGAGACUGAUCAAGGCCCCUACCCUAAGGCUAUGGACACCUAUGGGUACUGGCUGUAUGACACACCAGGCAUCAUUAACCCUCAACAGGUAGUAAACUUACUGAGCCAAGAUGAAUUGCCCAUAUUGUUGAAGUGUGGGAGUUAUCUUCCACGUACCUUUGUGUUGAGACCAGGGGAUGCUCUGUUAGUGUCAGGUCUGGCUAGAAUAGACUAUGUAGAGGGACCAGCUGCAAUAUAUUUCACAGUGUUUUCAAGUCCAAAAUUGCGUUGCUAUGUCAACACACAGUACAAUACUGACAAAUACUACAGGCGCUGCUAUGGACAGCCAUCCCUAAGUCUCCCUAUUGGUGAUCAGGCACACUUAGAUAGGAUACCCUCACUUGUUGGUAGAGAUUUCAAUUUAACUGCAAAAACAUUUAAAGAAAGUGCAGCUGACAUUUGCCUCUCAUCAAUAGGUUGGGUAGCAGUAACUCCAGGUAGAAACAUGAAAGUGAAGUUGCGGGCUUACACACCAGGUGGCACUGGCUGCCAUACAAGGAUGCCAUCUAUGAUGCGUUUUGCUGUCAAUCAGAGAGGCAAGAAAAAAGGACGUGCAUUUGAAGUCAGACGUGACCUAUAUGAGAAAAAUAAAAAAUAAAUGAGACAUUAUUACUUAUAUCAUGAUAUUAGAUUCAACAGGUAAAUGUUUCAGUCCUUUAGUAUAAGACUUAUCAUCUUGCAUGGACAGAAUUUGAUUAUAUUAUCAUCAUGGGCUUUCAACUUCUAAUUGA